GAAGGAAUCUAACGGUGUAAGGAAUAGCGUCAAACCUAAGCCAAAAAAACCUCCCAAAUUCUCUCCUUUUAAAACCCUCUCGAUCUCUCUCUCUCCUCUCAGUCCUCUCUCUCUCUCGCCGCAUCGCUGCUUCUUAAACCUCUCGGACGCGUACUCCUCUCUCGAACUCCGAUUUAACAUGGCGCUACCGAAUCAGCAGACCGUAGAUUACCCUAGCUUCAAGCUCGUCAUCGUUGGUGAUGGAGGCACAGGGAAGACAACUUUUGUGAAGAGGCAUCUUACUGGGGAGUUUGAGAAGAAGUAUGAACCUACCAUUGGUGUGGAGGUUCAUCCUUUGGAUUUCUUCACAAACUGUGGCAAGAUCCGUUUUUACUGCUGGGACACUGCUGGUCAAGAGAAGUUUGGUGGCCUUAGGGAUGGAUACUACAUCCAUGGUCAGUGUGCCAUCAUAAUGUUCGAUGUCACAGCAAGGCUCACAUACAAGAAUGUUCCGACAUGGCAUCGUGAUCUUUGCAGGGUGUGUGAAAACAUCCCGAUCGUUCUGUGCGGGAACAAGGUUGAUGUGAAGAACAGGCAAGUGAAGGCGAAGCAGGUCACAUUCCACAGGAAGAAGAAUCUGCAGUACUAUGAGAUAUCAGCAAAGAGCAACUACAACUUCGAGAAGCCUUUCUUGUACCUUGCUAGAAA